CUCUACAAUAUUCAAACAAGGUCCUGAGUUGAGUGUAACUAGAUUCUAGUUCGCAUUUCCGAUCGUACGAAAGGUAUUCUAUAAGAUAUCGCAAGAGAUGGCCGCACCAGCUCCUGCCUGUCCAACAACGUCCUCCAUCACGCAACACGAUCCAUUCACAUCAAUUCCUUCCUCCGACAACGCCCCGAUGCUUCCUCUCUUCACCGUCCUGAUAUUCGGAUUCCGUGCGCCCAACACCACCAUUCAGGAAUACAGAAACCACUACGACAAUGUUCACGUCCCACUUGCGAAGUCAUUGACUGGCGCCGCCUUCCCAAUUUCACAUACGCGUCACUAUUUCGGCGAAAACGCAACCCUGGCAGCAAUUUCAGCGCCUGUUCAAUGGGACUCAUUGGCGGUGCUGACAUUCAAAGACGACACGCACGCGGGCACAUUCAACUACCUCCUCAGCCAACCAGAAGCAGCAGCGAAGAUACAUGCGGAUGAGAAGAUAUUCAUGGCUGAUGGCAGUCCGAAGAUGGUAGUGAUUGGAAAGGAUACGUCGAUCACGGAGCCAUAGUUGACAGUCGAAAGACCUCGGGUUGCUACAGCAAUGGUGCAGGACAAACGAGGAGAAUCUGACGACAAGGGGGUGUACAUCUCAGUGGUGGGACUUCUCCACGAUAUGUGAUAGCGCAAACCCUGGUGUCUGCCCAUUCUCGGGAGCUGCUAUUAUAUCGAUGGAGAGUGAAAUGCUAUCACAGCAAUGACGACUAUUAUUU